UAAAUGGGUAAGUGUGACAGAGAGAGACACACACAAAGAGAAAGUGAGCAGAGGAGAGAAAGAGAGGAGGAACAGUUUGGUUAAUAGUCACAGAGAGACUUGUUUGUGGACUACUGUUGACAUGGGCGGAAGAACAUAAAGUCAUCUAAGGAAACACAGACUUGACUUGUAGUUUUGUGCAAUCAGGAAACAGAAGGAGGUAAAGAAGAGAAAUGAAGGACUUGGUGCAGUCAGUAGAACUUGGGGUCUCUCAGCGGAAAGGAGUUAAAGUAAGUCGACCCAAAGCUUGGCUCCAGAAUGAAGUGGUUCGUGUGGGACUUGCUGAAUCCCUUUGCACUUACGUCAUGAUGGUUUUUGGCCUGGGGUCUGUGGCCCAGGUAGUGACAGGACAGGGAGCGUUUGGACAGUACAUCAGCAUCAACCUGGGGUUUGGACUGGGUGUUGCUAUGGGGGUUCAUGUUGGAGGGAAGGUCUCAGGGGCUCAUAUGAAUGCAGCAGUGUCCAUCACAAUGUGCGCGUUUGGUCGCCUUGCAUGGAAGAUGCUGCCUCUGUAUGUUUUUGCACAGCUAUUGGGUUCAUUUUUGGCUGCAGGGACAAUUUAUGGUGUCUAUUAUGAAGCUAUUUUUGACUACUGUGGAGGGAACCUGACUGUGACUGGUGCCAGGGCCACAGCCGGUAUUUUCGCCACCUAUCCUGCACCGUACCUCUCCUUGUUGGCUGGAUUUAUUGACCAGGUAUUCGGCACAGCUAUACUGCUGCUGUGUCUGAUGGCGCUGGGCGACCAGAAGAACAAACCAGCUGCAGCAGGAAGCGAGCCUGUCGCAGUGGGCCUCCUAGUGCUGCUUAUUGGCAUUUCUCUGGGCAGCAAUAGCGGAUAUGCUAUCAACCCCACCAGAGACAUCGCACCCAGGGUCUUCACCGCCAUAGCAGGCUGGGGGGCAGAUGUGUUCAGGUCUGGUAAUGGUUGGUGGUGGGUGCCUCUUGUUGCACCCCCAAUUGGAGGAAUAUUGGGUGCAGGGCUCUACAAGGCGUUUGUGGAGAUGCUCCACCCUCCCCUUUCUGAACAGAGUGAGGGGCUGUUGGAGGAGGAGACUGUUGCUCUGGAGAAACGGGAAAACAACUGUGCAAAUGUAUGUGUCUAAGACCCCCUCACCCCACUUAAAACAACGCACAGGGUUGCUCUUGUAAAGCUGUGUGGCUAUCUGCAUGCAGUAGAAUCAUUCCAUGAAAAAUGUAUCUUUAAAAAACAGACUUUUUUCAAAAGUUAAAAAAAAGCUUGAAUGGAGAACAGAGAGACUUUCUCAAAAAGAGACUUUCUAAAAUAAGGACUUUUUUUAAAAUGAUGUGUCCGCUUUAGGUGAAUAAUUGUAUUAAUAUCUACUUAUUUAGUUACUAAUCUAGUGGAUGUGAUUGUGAGUGACUGCAACACAAAACAUAAACAUACUACAUUUACAGCUCGUAUUGCAACAUAUAGGACUAACGAAAGGUUGAAAAAUAUUUUUAGGGUCAGACGAUGAAAAAAACACUCAUUGAUAUAUAUAUAUAUAUUUUUUUUUUUUAAUAUUGAGGCAAUAGGACCAGAAAUAACCUUUAAGCACACUGUACAUAUCAUUCUAUUUUUAACAAUCAACAGGAGAGCACUAAACUAAACUCCUCUGAAACAGUUUGGAAACGUUAUUUCGGUCACUUUGCCUCUUAAAUAAUACUAAUUUGUGUUGUAUUUUAUAUCCUUGGAAAGCCUGAUUAGUCACCUUUACAACGAGGUACAACUUGUAAGGAUCGUGCAUUCAUGGAAAGAGCAACACAGCUAAACUUGAGACAUGUUGAGGAAUGGGAUGCCAUCCCAUUCCGAAAUGUGACCAGGCUGGUGAGGAGGAGGUGCCAAGCUGUUGUGGCUGCUUAUGGCUCAUCCACACGCUACUGAGGUCCAUGACAGUGUCAAAUGAAUAAAGUGUAAAAAGCGUAUUACUGCGGGAGAGUGCAAUCAUCGAUUCCACCAAGCAACUUAAAACAGGAGUGAAUACCAACAGAAGACUUUGCAGGACAUUUUGGCACAUUUUUUUGGGCGCUACCCAAAAGUUUAGCUGUGUUGCUCAUUCCACGAAUGCAUGAUCCUUAUAAGUUAUACCUCGUUAUAAAGGUGACUAAUCAGGCUUUCCAACAAUAUAAAAUACAACACCAAUUAGUAUUAUUAAAGGGGCAAAACAAUUGACAGAAAUAAGGUUUCCAAACUUUUUUUUUUAGGAGUUUAUGUGAGGAAAAGAAGUCGCCUCAAAGAAAAUAAUCCAAAAAUAAAAAUGUAUCUUUUUGUAAAUUAAAUAGGAACAGUAUGGAGUCAGCUCCUCAUAGCUUGAAAGGGCAGCAGCACAACCAGAGAUAAUAAACACGUUCAUCUUUCCAUGAAUCCAGCACGCAGCUAACAAGUGUAAAUGGAGGCUCUUGAUUCACUUUGUAGGAGCUACAGGGUUAUUAAAAAAAGAGCAUUGCUCAUAUAUGUAUCUCAGCUAACAAGUUCUGUCUCAAAAAAAGCUGGAAUAUAACCUCCUCACAUUUGGUCGAAUGUAUGGAAUAUCAUACCAGCAAUGCAGUCAGAUCUCAUCAUACAAAAAUCACUGUUUCGAUUUAGCUUAAUUUUUUUUUUUUUUAAGAAUGCAUGCAAAGAUGAACGUAGAAGUUUUCAAUUUUCAAAGACUUGAGAUUAAAAAAAAAAAAAAAUCCCAAAUCUUUGAAAAAACAUUUUAACUAAAGCUCACAUGUUGCAGUUUCAACAGACACUCAGAAUAGGGACUCAAAAACAUGUUGUGGAUCAUGUAAUCAGCUUCCUUUAUUUUAAAGUUUUAGAUAAAUGCUUCAGGUCAUACAAGCCCUUUGACUGACCAGAGUCAUAGUACUGAGCACUUCUUUAUUUCCCUUAAUUGUUCACAUAAAGAGAUUUAAAAAAAACAACAACAAUUCUUUGUAAUGUUACUUAUAUUUUUGUUGUAUAAUACAUUCAAUGUACAGUAUAUAUAUUUACAAUCAAGCCUAGUGAUAAUAACUAUAGAUGAAAACUGAUACUGUGUUAUAUUGAGUACUGUUGAGUCCUCAUGGUUACAGCACCGGCACAAUUUGUAUGACAGUAUUAUUGGUGCUUUGUCUACAGCACACAGACAUAUUCUAUGAGCUGGUUUACCUUGGAGUUAUUUUCACCACUGAAUGCCACUUGUGAUAUACUGUUUUCAAUUAGGCUUUGAAAAAUGUAAUCUAUAGUUCUCUUUUCUUCCUCCCUUAUACUGUGCAGUGAAAUGUAGAGUAAAAUAUGAUCAUCAGGAUUAUCAUGAUGGCCUUUGUGAUGUGAAUUGUAUGACAAACCUAAACAUCUUGUCUCUUUAGCCAGAUCGGAGGGACAGUUUACUCAUUAAACCUCCAACACAUAACCUCCAAAAAGGUGGUACCACCAACUUCCCUCUUAUGCAUCUAUUCAGACAUGCAGUAGUCCAACCUUAGUCGUUAAUGGUAUGCUCUCAUGGAAGAUCAAGCUGCUGACACACAUAUUGAUCAGAGUCCAACUACUGACAGAAUUGCGGAUUCCUCCUCCAAGUUGUUUUGGAUGAACAGACUGUAAAGUGGAUCAAAAUACUUUCUGAGUUGGAAUGCUUUCACCGUUUUACACCAAUGUGUCUUCCUGUGCUGCCCUGGCUCUUACCAGUGCUCCCUAAGCUGCACUGUGCUGUCUGCUUCUUCUUUGGGACGGGCACCUUUGUUUUGCCUUUGAAGCCUUUUGUUGGAUCCAGCUUGUUGAGAUAGGAAUCACCAGCUGGAUCGGCCAAGCUGAGCUCACUGCUGAAAAUCAGUGGUUGGUACAGAGAUGCCCACUGCUGUCGAGGGAAUAGGAGAAAGAUUCAUCAAAGGAACUAACUUUCUCUCGACACAUGAACAUGCUUUCCUAGGAAUAUUUGACAAGAAGUAGUUAAAUUAUUUUUAAGUAACAGCAAUUGAAGAUAAAAGCGACUUUUCUGUCAAUGUCCUGUUUCAGAUACUGAGGCAACAAUGUUUAAUUAUUUGUGUCAGUGUCUUAAAACGUAUUGCGUCCUCUUGUCAGAGUAUAAGCAAACAUUGUAUGCAAGUAUUUUUAACUUAACAUAGUUAGGUAGCGAAAAAGACAAAUCAGAAUUUAGUGAAGUAAAGAGAGUAGAGACAAUGACAGAUUUCAGCCUAAAGUAAUGAACUAAAUAAAACUUUUGCAGAUGCAAUUUAAACAUCCGCAAGUAGUCUUUUCAAGUGUGUUACACCAUUUGUACCUUUGCCUGGGGGCUGGGGCCAUAGGGGGUGAAGGCAUACUGCCACUCAGGCAGACCAAGGUGGGUGAUCAUCAGCCGGUAGUAGGAGGUGAAGGUUGCUGUCAGAAAAUGCCAGCACAGCGAGCGAUCAAGAAACCAUAUUUCGCUCUGCUGGGCCACAACACCUGCAAUUUACAAUAAAUAAAUACAUGAUAAAAAUAUAUUUUAGGUUGAUUUAUGAUACAUUUGUAUCUUAAUUAUUUAUUUAUUUAUAUCUUGUUUUUUUAAAAUUCUGCAUUGUGUUUUACAUACAUUAUGAUAUGUGAAAUUUGUGAAUAAAAACAAGACCUGAAGUGCAGUUUUUGUAAACUAGGCACACUUUUCCGUUCCCACCACAAGAAUCCAGCUCAAAGAUCCGGCACCGUGAAUCAAAAUGGGGUGCAGCAGAAGCAUGUCUCUUUCCUGGCAAACAGCAUUAACGAGUCUUGAAUAAACAUUUACUUUCCAAUCAA